UGAGGCGAACCUAAGGUAAAAGGGGCGAGGCCGAGAUUCGAACAUUCAGGCGGCCCGAGCUCCAAAAUUUGGCCGCUCCCGUUCGUCACCGCGGUCGUUGGUGUCGCGCGUGUCCCACUUGUCUCCUUCCCUCACCGCCGUCCAUGUCGUCCUCGGAAACCUCAGCCGGCUUCCUCGAGAAGGCGCAGACUUUCGUCGCCGAAAACAAGCGCGCAGUGCUCAUCGGCAGCGCUGCCGCCGCGCUUGCUGUCGGCGGCGCGCUCUACUUCGCCUCGACGUCGCGGCCGGGCGCCCACGACGUCGAGAAGGGCGCGAAGAAAGGCAAGAAGGGAGGCAAGAAGCGCAAGACGGUGAAGGAUAAGGAUGGCCCCAUCCUGGAGGAGCGCAAGCCGAAGGCGGCGCCGGAGGAGGAGCUGAAGGUGUACACGACGGAGGAGAUCGCGGCCAUGUCGAGCGAGGAGCGCCAGAAGGUCGCGAACUCGUUCAAGGCGCGGGGGAACAGCGCGUAUCAGGCCCGCGAAUUCGCGAAAGCGUCUGAGCCCGUCUACUACAGCAAUCGCGCGGCCUGCUACAUCAAUCUCUCCCCGCCAAAGUAUGAGGAGGUUGUCGCCGACUGCGAUGAAGCGCUCCGACUGGACCCGAAGUACGUCAAGGCUCUCAACCGUCGCGCGACGGCGCUCGAGGCUCUUGAGCGGUAUCGAGAAGCAUUGCGGGAUUUCACCGCGGCAACCAUCCUCGACAAGUUCCAGAAUCAGUCCGCCGCGACGUCCGUUGAGCGCGUCUUGAAAAAGCUGUCCGCAUUGCAGGCCGCCGAAAUCAUGAAGAACCGCCAGCCCCGCCUCCCCUCGUUCACCUUCAUCUCCGCGUACUUUGCUGCCUUCCGCCCUCGUGCGCACCCGACAUUACCGGAAGAGCCGUCUACGGGCGAUAACACCCUCCUGCUCGCGCUGCAGGCUACGGAGGCCGCGGAUUAUACCCACGCCGUCACCUUCGUCAACGAGGCGCUCGAGCAGGGCAUCUCAUGGGACACUGGCAAGGCCGAAGCGCUCAAUCUGCGCGGUACCUUCAAGUUCCUCAUGGGCGUCAUCGACGGUGCUAAGGCCGACCUCGAGGAGUCGCUCAAGCUCGUCCCCUCCUUCACCCAGAGCCUCGUCAAACUCGCGAGCGUGCACAUGGAGCAAGGCGACCCGAAAUCGACGUUCGAGUGCUUUGAGCGCGCGAUCCAGUUCAACCCGAACGACCCGGACAUCUACUACCACCGCGGGCAGGUGCUGUUCAUCAUGAGCGACUUCAUGGAAGCGUCGAAGAACUACACGAAGUCGACGGAGAUUGACGACCAGUUUGUGUUCAGCCACAUUCAGAACGCAGUUGCGGAGUACAAGGCGGGCAACGUCGCGCAUAGCAUGGCUAUCUUCCGUCGCACGCUUGUUGCCUUUCCCCAGCGGAGCGAGCCGCAUAACUACUAUGGCGAGCUCCUCAUGGACCAGCAACGCUUCGAGGAGGCCGUUGAGAAGUUCGACAAGGCUUUCGAGCUUGAGAAGUCCAAGCGUUCUCCCAACGUCCUUCCUCUGGUUAACAAGGGUCUUGCGCUCUACCAGUGGAAGCAGGACAUCGGCGCCGCGGAGAGCUGCUGCGCAGAAGCCCUCCAGAUCGAUUCGGAAUGCGAAGCCGCUGUCGCCACCCUCGCCCAGCUUAGCCUGCAGCAAAGCAAGGUCGACCGUGCGGUGGAGAUGUUUGACCGGCAAGCGGAGCUCGCGCGCUCAGAACCGGAGCUCAUGAAUGCGUUGACGUACAAAUAUGCUGCGCUCGCACAAAGCGAGUUUGCGAAAAACUAUCCGGCUAUGGCGGCGGAAAUGCAGGCGAUGGCCGCGAGCAUGGCCUAAGCCUAUGCAGCGCAGUAUCGUCUAUGCUAGUUUCUUGGCAUACCACGCGGAUGGCCGCAAUGUGAAGAGCGAUGUAGGACCAGGCAGGCGAACAUGCUAUCGACGACAGUGACUUGGUUGGUAUACUUACAGUACUGGACAUUACAUAUGUGCCUAAUCUUGAUAACACUCCCUUCUCCCUCUCA